UUGCAGAGCACUGCACUAAGCGCUUGGGAAGGCCAAGUUGGCAACGUAUAGAGACGGUCCCUACCCGACAUGGAGCAGACGGAGGUGCUGAAGCCCCACAGCCUGGACGAGCUGAUCCGGAUCCUGCACGAGCUGUUCUCCGAAGACAAGGUCAACGUGGAGGAGGUGCAGGCCAUCCUGGAGGCUUACGAGAGCCGGCCGGCCGACUGGGCGCCCUACGCCAAGUUCGACCAGUACAGAUAUACUCGAAACCUUGUGGAUCAAGGAAAUGGAAAAUUUAACCUGAUGAUUCUGUGCUGGGGUGAAGGGCAUGGCAGCAGUAUCCAUGAUCACACCAAUUCGCACUGCUUUCUGAAGAUGCUGCAGGGAAACCUCAAAGAGACCCUGUUUGAAUGGCCUGACAAAAAAUCCAAUGAGAUGAUGAAGAAGUCUGAAAGAGUCUUACGGGAAAAUCAGUGCGCCUACAUCAAUGAUUCCAUCGGCUUGCACCGGGUGGAGAACACAAGCCACACCGAAGCUGCUGUUAGCCUUCACUUGUACAGUCCACCCUUUGACACUUGCCAUGCUUUUGAUCAAAGAACUGGCCAUAAAAACAAAGUCACAAUGACAUUCCAUAGCAAAUUUGGAAAGAGGACUCCGUUUGGUGCUUCAAGUUCACUGGAGAAUAACUAAGGAGUCUCAGACCCACUAGGUUUAUUUUAAGACGUGUUGAAUGCUUCAUCUAGGGUUGAAAACCCACUCUGCACCUGCUGUCCAAUAGUUCAAUUGAAUAGCCAGUCCAGAAAUCUACGGUAGAGCAGUUUCCUGGCAGCGUGGUAGUGAUCUUGAAUGAAUGCUAAUUCCAGGCCGUAAGAUAGCGUUGUGUCAUUUUUAAAGUGUUUUCCACGCCAAGACCAAAUAAGGAUCUAGCUUCCAGUUCUCCUCUAGGUAGUAUACUGAGAAGAUCAGAGAAGGUGAGGGGAUUUGUACUUCCCAAGUGCUCCGCACACAGUAAGCGCUCAAUAAAUGCGAUUGAAUGAAUGAAUUGGGGGUGGGGGGUGGGGGGAGGGAAGAGAGGGUUUACAUAUCUUUGAAAUGUUUUUAAUAGGCCAUGCAAAGUAAUUAGCAAUAAUGGAAGAUUGAGAGCCACAGUCAGCAACAGUAGUAAUCAAAACCGCCUUGAUGGCAACAGAUGGCAAAUGUGUCAAUACUUGAAAGGUUUCGUGGGGUUUUUAAUGCUUGUUGGAGCAGAGCCUUGAUGUGUCAUCUAUUUUUUCCCCGAUCACUUUGACGAUUUCCUUUUCUACAUGGUCUCUGCAGAGCUGUGAGUCAAGUGUCUUGCCCUCUGGUUGCAAAUGGACGACUAGGGUUUGGAUGGUGUGUGUGUGUGUGUGUUUGUUUUUUGGGUUUUUUUUUUAUUAUUUUUAGUCAUGUGCGAUGUGGCCAUCUGCCAGAGUCAUACUUUGUAUUGCUACUGAAAUUGUUUCGAAACUUGAAUAAAACUGGAUUUGAACCCAUAA